AUGACGAAAGGGAGCCAAAGCUGCUCGGCUACUGUAUGCAUGGUGCAUGCGUGCAUCGCACGCACACGCGGCGGAGAUAGCGGACGUGUCGAAGACUCGUGGUACUUCCCACGGAAGGCUACCACCGCACAGGAGAAAUCGGAGCUCUCCUUGGGGAGAGCCGCCGGCAGAAUUGCACGAGCUUAA